AAAAAAAAAUCCUAUCCACCAUGCACUGCUUUAAGUCAGAGGCUGAUCAGUUUGUGCACUGCAGCAUUAAGUCAAACACAUCUAGAAAAGCCUGUCAGGGUGGAACCCUAACACUCAUAACAAUGCAUAUCAUUUGUAGCUACUAUAAUUCUGACACCCACAGCUACACAAACAUCAUAUAAAAUGAGCAGUUAGAGAGAAAACAUUUCAUUUUGUUCUGCUCACCUGUGAAUUCAGUGGUAAGAAACUAUAAGAAAAAGUCUUCAAGUAAAUCACAAUUUUAAAGAAACAAUUGGUGUUUUACAGUACAUACUGAUCAUGGGGCAGAUGCAGGUUUAUCUUCUUGUAUUCUGGGCAUUGCUUCUCAUGACCAUUUCUGGAGAGGAUGACAUAGGCACAUCAAAAGAGUGUGAGGAUGCUCCUUUUGUUCCAGGAUACAAUCUUGCUGGAGAAGGAUUUGAUGUUGUGACCAUGGAGCGAAAAGGUUCUUAUGUGAUCAACAUGGAAAAAUGGGAUUUAGGAAACGGCCGCUGUAAACUGCACAAAAACAACUACAUGAAUGGAAUAAAACAGAAGCUACCAGCUGCAGUUGUGUUCUGGAGGACCUUGCCAAAGUGUUCGAUGAAAGUCUCCAGUAAAAUCUUUGAAUCAAGUGAGGCAUUGGUCAAUGAUUCAUCAUCAGCACUCUCGGCUAGUUGGAAAAAUGGUUUAGAUAUGAAGGCUUAUGGAGAUACAGUUGGAAGCACUCAUUCCAGAGAAGCAAAAUUUGCAAUGAGAAAAUCAAAAGCAGACAAGUACAGUUUCACCAAACAUGAAGUUGCGUGUAAUUUUUACAGAUAUUGUGUAUCUUCAAAACCUCCUCUUCAAGCAGAGUUUCUUGAAGCAAUCAAAUCACUCCCUGCAUCCUACAAUCCAGAUGCCUACCGCAACCUGAUCACCACAUACGGCACUCACUAUAUCACAAAUGUCAAGUUAGGAGGACAAAUGAAAGCCAUAACAGCCAUCAAAAGCUGUCAGGCAACAAUGAAUGGACUUACAGACACUGCAGUGAAAGACUGUUUGGAUGUUGAAGCCUCUGGUUCAUACCAUGCGGCAACUCUGACGGCAAAGACACAUAUGUGUCAAGAACUGAAGAGGAAGAUGCACACAAAUCGAAAGUUCAGCUCCAUGUUUAGUGAACGUCAAAUGGAAAUUAUUGGAGGAAACAUAAAUGGAGAAGAUCUGCUUUUUUCUCACUCAUCACACACAAAUGCCCUUAAAAAAUGGACUGAGUCUUUAAAGAGUCUCCCUGAAGUUGUGCAUUACUCUCUGAAACCCCUCCAUUUCUUACUGAGUACUAAACACCCCGCCAGGAAAGGACUGAAGAAAGCUGUUGAAGAAUACAUCAUUCAAAAUGCCCUCAUGAAGGUUUGCUCUGAGCCUUGCAAGAUUGGCAGGAAGUGCAGCGCAAGAGAUCGAUGUGCUUGUGUUUGUGAAAGUAGUCGAACUAUAAAGUCUAACUGCUGUCCAGCUGAAAGCGGACUUGCAACCCUCAAAGUCUACAAUCUCAGAGCCAGAGGUCUGUAUGGAGAUAGAGUGACACAAACAGAUGGCUGUGUAUUAGUUAAAUAUGGCAGAAAAUCCAGGCGCACCGUGACCAUUAAUAAUAAUGACAAUCCACGCUGGCGAGAAACAUUUAAUUUUGGUGCUAUUAAGAUCAGCAUGGCCAGACAAAUAACUUUUAAAGUGUAUGAUGCAGACAGCUCCUGGAACAGCGAUUUCCUUGGUUCAUGCUCUUUUCAUCUUAGAAGUGGAGUUGUGUAUGAUGCUUGUGCUUUUAAAUAUGGCACCUUCUAUUUUACUUAUGAAGUGAAAUGUGAACCCAGUCUGCAGGGCCCAAAGUGUAAUGAAUACAAACCUUCUCCAAUGGCUGCCCCUCUGGCUGAUAUUUUCAGCUCAAGAAAUGGUGUUCUGGUUAAAGACCUGCCAAGGCUUGAAUUAGCAUUCAAUAACUCAAAUAAAAGUUAAAUUUCAAUAGUACUUUUGGAAAGCUGAUGAUGCUGUGAUCUGCAUUUUGAACCAAUCCUUUAUGCACAAAAAAUAGCCCUAAUGUAACAGCCCUUAUAUCUGCUGGGAAACAAAACGGAUCUGUAUAUCUGUAACCUUUGCUUACUUUUAUUCCCAUUUCCUUUCUGCAUUCUUUCAUUAGUAAAGCAUUCAUAAAGACAAUCUAUGUGUGUGUGUGUGUGUGUGUUUGUGUACCUGUUUUUGCUACAUUCUGGGAACC